CGCGAAAGCCCGCUACCUGAUCCUCUUCUUCUGCGUGCAGCUGGUGGUCAUGGCGCUGCUGUACCGCGAGGGCUAUCGGAAGAGGGUGGCGUACUUUUUCAGCAUUUUCGCCAAGAACGGACCCCACUCUUUGGUGUCGCUGGCGCCUCAGAACUUGUCCUUGCCCGGGGACGUUUACAGCAACCUGAGCUUGAUAGCCAAGCCGGCCGUGAGCGAGGAGCUGCUGCCGUUUUGCCCGGAGACGUCGCCGUUUAUAGGGGGGCCAAUCAGAGUCCAGCUGCCAGAGUCCCUGACAAUUGAAGACGUGAAACAUAAAAACCCGUACGUGACCAGCGGAGGACGUUACAAGCCGCCGGACUGCGAGUCCAACCAUAAAACGGCGGUCAUCAUCCCUCACCGGAACAGGGAGCAGCACCUUAAAUAUCUUUUGUACUUUCUACAUCCGUUCCUGCAGCGACAGCAGCUCAACUACGGCAUAUACAUCAUCCAUCAGGCUGGGAACGCUACCUUCAAUCGUGCAAAACUGCUGAAUGUCGGCUUUAAAGAAGCCAUGAAAGACGAGGACUGGCAAUGCUUGUUCUUCCACGAUGUGGACCUCAUCCCGGAGGACGACCGCAACCUGUACAUCUGUGACAAGUUCCCCAAGCACGCCUCCAUCGCCAUGGACAAGUUUGGAUACAAGUUGCCUUAUAAAUACUAUUUUGGUGGAGUCUCGGCACUCUCCCCCGAACAGUACAUGAAGAUAAACGGAUUUCCCAACAACUACUGGGGCUGGGGCGGCGAGGAUGAUGACAUCGCCACCAGAGUUGCACUCAGUGGUCAGUUGAUAUCCCGGCCACCGGUUCGCUAUGGAAGAUACAAAAUGAUAAAGCAUGGACAUGACAAAGGCAACGAGCAAAACCCGAAACGGUUCAACUUGUUGACAAAAACCCGGCGGACGUGGCGACAAGACGGCAUGAACGCUCUCCAGUACAACUUCCUGUCCAAGGAGCUGCAUCCUUUGUACACCAAUAUCACCGUAGACAUUGGCUCCGAGAAAGGGUUCCGACCCAUGACGUGAGAUCCGACCUUCCUCCCGCCCCAACCAGAUGUGCCCUAUUUUGUUCCCACCCCGAGCGUCCUUCCAAGAUGAUGAGCAGGGACUCAACAUGUGGACAAUAAAAUGCAAUAUAUAUGUUUUUUUUUUUUUUUUCUUUACACUUUUCUUUUUAUAGAGA